AGGUGUUGCGCGCGUGUUGAAGGCGGUCAAUGCGUACAGAGCUCAUGCUGGCAGUGGGCAUGAAGGAGACGUGCGGAAAUUUUUUGGAGAAGCAGCUGGAAAGGCACUACGGAAUUUCUUCUCCCAUUAGUUUGGCACCACCAAGGGAAAUAGAUUAUAUCUAUACACAGAAAUUGAUUGAAGCCCUGAAGCCUUUUGGUGUAUUUGAAGAGGAAGAAGAGCUGAAUUGCAGGUUAGCUGUUCUUGACAAACUAAAUAACUUGGUUAAAGACUGGAUUGCAGAAGUUGUUGAAAAUAAGAAUUUGCCAUCUUCAAUCUCAUCCAGAGUUGGUGGCAAAAUAUUCACAUUUGGUUCCUAUCGUCUUGGAGUCCACACCAAAGGUGCUGACAUAGAUGCACUCUGUGUAGCCCCUAGACACAUAGAAAGAUCAGAUUUCUUCCAGUCGUUUUUUGAAAAGUUAAAGCUCCAAAAUGGCAUCAGAAAUCUGAGAGCAGUAGAAGAUGCAUAUGUACCAGUAAUCAAAUUUGAAUUUGAUGGUAUUGAGAUUGAUCUUGUCUUUGCAAGACUACCUCUGCCAAGCCUUUCAGAUAGCCUGGACCUUAGGGAUGAUGCACAUUUGAGAAGCCUUGAUAUCAGAUGCAUUCGGAGUUUAAAUGGUUGCAGAGUCACUGAUGAAAUACUUCAUUUGGUACCAAACAAGGAGAACUUCAGGCUGACACUCAGAGCAAUUAAACUGUGGGCUAAGCGGCGUGGAAUUUAUUCCAACAUGCUGGGAUUCCUUGGUGGUGUUUCUUGGGCCAUGCUGGUGGCAAGGACCUGUCAGCUGUACCCAAACGCUUUGGCAUCAACACUUGUUCACAGAUUCUUCUUAAUUUUUUCAAAGUGGGAAUGGCCCAAUCCUGUCUUGCUGAAACAACCUGAAGAAAGCAAUCUUAACUUGCCUGUCUGGGACCCGAGGGUAAAUCCAGCUGACCGGUAUCAUCUGAUGCCCAUUAUCACUCCAGCCUAUCCACAGCAGAACUCCACAUAUAAUGUGUCCACAUCAACCCGAGCAAUCAUGGUGGAAGAAUUCAAAUAUGGUCUCAUGGUUACAGAUGAAAUUCUUCAAGGAAAAUCGGAUUGGUCAAAGCUGCUUGAGCCACCCAACUUUUUUCAAAAGUAUAAACACUAUAUUGUAUUGACUGCUGUUUCUUCAACUGAAGAACAUCAUUUGGAAUGGAUUGGCUUGGUGGAGUCUAAAAUCCGUGUGCUUGUUGGACACUUGGAGAGAAAUGAAUUUAUUACUCUUGCCCAUGUAAAUCCUCAAUCCUUCAGUGGAAACAGGGAUCAGUACAAAGAAAGUGAUUAUGUGUCAAUGUGGUUUCUGGGAAUAAUUUUCAAGAAACUGGAGAAUGCAGAGAGUGUAAGCAUUGACUUAACCUAUGAUAUCCAGUCAUUCACAGAUACAGUUUAUAGGCAGGCAAACAAUAUCAACAUGUUGAAAGAAGGCAUGAAGAUUGAAGCUACUCAUGUGAGGAAGAAACAACUCCACUUUUAUUUGCCAGCAGAUGUCUUACAGAAGAGGAAAAAGAGCGUGCCUGAUCUUGGUGGACAUGCUUGUGGGGUCAUGUUGAAAAAGACAAUGGAAAAUAAUAGUGGUUUGGACACUUACAGCAGUGCAGAAGUUACCACACAGUGCAAUACUGUUCCCUCAUUCAACAACAUGGUGGAAUAUUGCAGUAAAUCUUUUUCAAAAGGGAUAGAAAGUGCUGCUUUCCACAGAUCUGAUGUCCUUCAAAAAUCUACCAUAUUUGAAAGGCAAGAGAAACCAUGGACCAUCAGUCAGUCAGCCAUGUCUGUGACAGACUUGAAUCUUACAGCUUCAGCAGACACAACUCUGCCUUUAAGUUCCGGUAAUGUCUCCAUGGCCAUAGAGCAAAAUAUAAUUCCUCCAACUAUCACCCUGGCUUCUACUCAUUCCUGGGAACACCUAGAUGGCAUAAGUUCUAUUAAAAAUAACUCUGCACAUAAGAGAGAUCACUCACCAAUCUCUGAAGAUUGUUUUAAGCGUCUGAAAGAUGUAGACAAGCACAGCCUUAAAGACACCCUGACUCUUCCAACCUUCGAUACACAAAGAUCACAGAGGCUUUCUAGUAAAGAAUUGCCAGAUUCAUCUUCUCCAAUUCCAGCAAGUGGUAUGGUUCGUGUUGUUAAAAACUCCAUCAGACUAACUCUUAAUCGAUAGCAGUGCCUUACCAGGUAAUAGUAAAUACAUUGUAUUUUAAUUACUAUUGCUUACUUCUUUAUUUCAGUUGUUACCCUUACGCUCAAGCUUCUCUUUUGAACUUUGACAUGCCUACAAUCACUUAUAAACUUUUUUUAACUCACAGAAAAGAUUCCCUGAUCCACUCCAGCUUUCUAUCAGAACAAUUAUCUAGUACUAGAAUUAGUUCCCCUUUUUGUCUUGUAGGGCUCAUUUGAUUUUUUUCCAACUCAUCUACAAAGAUUGAUGUGGUUGGGUGAGAAAGAAGAAAUUUUAUCCUGUAUGCAAAAUUCCAGCUACACUGUGCUGUACUGAGUGGAAUCCUGAUUAUAAUUGAAAUGUUUAUAGAUACCCAGCACAGUUGUUACAGUAUGGAACAUAAUUUCUUUAAAUCAGAUGUCUCAAUAUUCACCAAAUGUGUAGAGACAAUAAUUCCCAAAAUUUCUAAACGGUGUCCUGGAAGGCACUAAAUAAGGAAAUGAGAUUGUAGCAACAAUGAUCAACAAAUGUAUUCUUGUCCUCUUUUUUGCACAUAAAUCUAACAAUAUGCAAACCUUAUAAUUUAAAAGAAAAUAAUACGUUUCUGUUUAAAAUGCAUAAUUUUGAAAUAUUGACUCAAAAGAAAAAAAGAUUUUCAUUAACGGUACUAUAAGAUAUUCUUGUGUUAAAAGGCAUCCUAAGGUUGCUGUAUCCAUACUAUUGGAAUAGAAAGCAACACGCAAAGAAUGAAGACAGAGACUGCAUCUAAAGGGUACAGCCUAUGAUUUGCAUAUCGGUCUGUGUCAGCUCAUAUCAGAGCUGGGAAACUCAUCCGCCCAACUUCCUGGAUAACUGAUCCAAGCUGGUGUUAAGGCAGUGCUAAGUGGACCAAUAUUGGCAUUAUGCAUUGUAUCCAUCCUUGUUUAAAAUGGCUUAAUCUUCUGUAGAUUUGUCUCUGCAGGUGAUACACUGUCAUAAUUGUUGUAAAAAUUUCAAACUACUAUUCUUCCAAAAUGUGUGGUAUGUGGGUAUUCUUAUAGUGUAAGGUUUAUUCCCUUGGAUUGGACCUUUAUUUUCACUGUGCAAAUGCAUAGCUUUAUUUAAAGUCUUGUAUUCUUCUUUCAGCAGAAAUGUCUUUGUUAUGAAAAACCAAAAAAAAAAAAAUUCUCCCCUUUAUUUUUCUUAAAGGGGUUGGCAUGCAGAGUACUUUGCCCUGGUGUAUUUCUAUUGUUAUCAAUGUUAUUAUAGUACAGGGGUGCAGGUAGUCUGAAGCUCUCUCUUAAAUAUAUUCUUAACACUGUUGUUUUAACCCAAAAAUCCACAUCCAGUCUGGUGGUAUGCAAUGCUGGCUGGUGAUCUGCAUAGCAGGUUGCCAUAGGGGUUCUUGUAAAGUGGAAUAAUGCACAGGAGUACGUGUGUAUAUAUUGGAGGUGCUUCUCCUUUAAAAAAUACAAUCCAUUUGGGAUAUACAUAGAUGUCCGCAAAAAAGCUGCGUCCCCUGGAGACUCACAAAAGGAAAACUAGAGCACAAUUUCAGUCAUUGUUCAGUUGCAUUAAAGCCCUAAAAUAGUGAGAUAUAAAUUUAACUUUGAUGCUUCUCUCUACACAUCCAACACUUCAAUUUCAAACCAAUAGGAAUGAAAUAUACUUCAGUGUUUAGCUGGAUUGCAUGCUAAUCUAUAAAUAAAAAUGUAAAGAGCCUCAUAUCUUCAACAAUACUGGAAUGCAAGCAAAGUAGUUUAUUACUUGAAUUUCAGAAUUGUUAAAGGGCCUUGUAAAACCAUAACUCAAAAUCGAAUCCAUUUUCUCUUUCAUGUUGAAAGUUCGGAAAAUUAUUUUGCCUAUUUUGGCCCACCUUGUGAAUGAGUGCUCUUUAAUCUUCUGUGAACUGGGAUUAGUAAUGUUGGGGAAGAAUCAUGAGUUUUACCCAAGUUUGAAUUCUGUAGUUUUCUGAACAACUUCACUAGAAUCAAUGUCACCCCCUAGAAGAUCACUUGACUCUUCCAGACCCAUAUUUCCUUCAGAGCCUAUGACCUGAUGUGCCAGAAGUAAAUACUAUUUUCAAAUCUUAAAUUUUGUAUUAUCUGCUUUUGUAAAAAAUUAUAAUCGAAACAAAAAAGUGUAUGCAGAGUAUUUUUGUAUGUACUGUAAAAAAUAUUUUUCAAAAAAAAUGUAAAUCCUAGUCUCAUCUGCUUUAUUUAUGGAAUACUUA